AUGUUCCUCUCCUCGCUCCCAAUCACGUUCCGCGCGGGCUGGUUCCCCUUCAGUUUCCCCUGCGGGCUGCGCGUGGGGGCCCGGCGCGCACCCCCCGCGGGGGGGGCCGAGCCGGCACGGCCCGGCGUCGCCGUCAUCGACCUCCGUUUCCCCCGCGGCGCCGCCGCCGACGUGCAGGAGAUCGUCUUCAGGAACUUCUACACGGCGUUCCUGAGCGUGCGGGUGCAGCGCCCCGGCCCCCCCGGCUCCCGCCGCUGGGUGACCUGCCUGCGGGACUACUGCCUGAUGCCCUGCCCGCACACCGAGGAGGGCUCCCAGGACUACUUCUCCCUCCACCGCCACCAGAUGCUGUGCGACGUGGACCAGGUGACAGCGAUGCGGUUCAUCCUGCGGCAGCCCUCCCCAGUCUGGCUCCACUUUACCAUCGAGGAGCUGCAGGUUUUUCCCCCUGGACAGAAGAGCCCCAAGAAGGAUUUUCCCUCCUGGCUCUCCCAGCUGACCCCUCCGGAGCAGCCAGCCAGCCUGCAUGGGGAGCUCCCCGACCCAGAGAAGGUGUCGACGGAGGUGCAGCAAAUGUGGGUGCUGACGGAGGUGAUCCAGGCUCGCCAGGCAGCUGCCCGCAUCGGGCGCUUCGACGUGGACGGCUGCUACGAUGUCAACCUGCUUUCCUACACGUGAGCCCCGCGGCGCUGGCCAGAGGGAACCUGCUCCUCUGUGCUCCCAGGGCCCAAGUGGACUCCUGUGCUCCCACACUGGCCUUUAUCCCUGCGGUCUCAGGAGGGGCUCCAGACCCUUCCCACCACCCUUUCCUGGCUCCUCCUGUGCUGGGUGGCAGCGGUGGGCAGUGCUGCUGUCCCAGAGCCCCCUGUGAACCUCUGCCACCCCGGUGCCAUCCAGCUGUUGGGGCUGUGCUCUGGCCAUGUCCCGUGCCGCCACCGGCAGAGCUCGGCUCUCCCCACAUCUCUACCUUGAGGAGCAACCCUGGCCCUGCCUGCGCUGCCUGCGGGACCAGGCUCCUGCGGACAAGGGGGUGCUGGGGCCGGGGGAUGCUGGGUGGACCCUCGAUCCCGACUAAAAGCUGCUACCUUG